AUGAGUGAAAAGGCGCGCUUGAAGAUGACGAAUAUUACGCCGGAGACUAGAAUCAUGAUGAUGAGAGGAGAAGAUGGGAAGCAGGGCUAUAGGCGUCAAAUUCUGGCAGCCCUGGCUGUCUCCCUGGGCCCUUUUGCCGCUGGUCUAAGCAAGGGCUACAUGUCUCCAGCAAUCGCGUCCAUGCAGGAGGCAAGGUUACACAACGCGUCCUUCACUGUCAGUGACCAACAAGCCAGUUGGAUUGCUAGCUUAAGUUUACUAGGUGCUUUAAUAGGCGGCAUUUUGGGCGGUAUGGCGAUGAGGUUUGGUCGACGAACUGUACUACUAAUAACUGCUCUUCCCUACACUGUGGCGUGGUUAGCGACUGCACUUUCAAAUAGCGUGAAUAUGAUAUCAAUCACGUCGUUCUGCGGAGGCAUGCUAGUUUGCUGCAUAACCAUGAUUACUCAGGUUUACGUAACAGAGAUAGCAGUCCCAGAAAUACGUGGAUGCUUAAGCUCAGUUCUGAAGAUCCUGAGCCAAAUUGGUAUUCUCAUAUCAUUUUCCUUGGGCGCAUAUCUGAAUUGGGAUCAACUGGCUUUAGUGGUAGCUGCUGCCCCAGUGCUGCUAUUCUUAGCUCUGUUGUUCAUACCAGAAACGCCGUCUUCACUACUUCUCCGAGGGAAAGAAGAUGAAGCGGCAGAUUCUCUGCAAUGGUUGCGAGGUCCAGAUGCCGAUAUACGACAAGAGUUAGCCACGAUCAGAACAAACAUUUUAGCGAGCAAACAAUAUCAUAGCGGUCAAGCUGGAAAAUUUAAAGCGCUUCUGUCUAAACGAUUAACUAGACCAGUUUUGAUAACCUGUGGGUUGAUGUUCUUCCAAAGAUUCACUGGCGCUCACGUGUUUAGCUUUUAUGCUGUGCCUAUGUUUAAGAAAACACUUAGGAUGAUGAACCCACACGGCGGGGCGAUCGCGACUAGUGUAGUACAACUUUUAGCAUCUUGCCUAUCGGGAAUGCUAAUAGACCAUGUUGGAAGGCUACCUUUGCUCUUGAUCAGUGGGGUGAUGAUGUCCAUAGCGUUAGCUGGAUUUGGUUCUUACGCCUAUUAUGAUAAUGUUUUCAGAAAUUCAACUGACCUGUCUCAUAUAGAACCCGGGUCAUACGAUUGGAUACCACUACUGUGCGUUCUCACUUUCACAAUCGCGUUUUCUCUCGGUAUCAGCCCUAUAUCUUCUUUACUAAUUGGUGAGUUAUUCCCUUUGGAAUACAGGAGUACAGGCAGUGCUCUAGCAACCAGUUUUAGUCACCUUUGUGGUUUUGUUAAUGUUAAAACAGCUGCUGAUUUUCAAGAUCAUAUAGGCUUAUACGGUCUUUUUUGGUUAUAUGCUGGCAUAUCACUCCUUUGUCUUCUAUUUGUCGUUCUUUUCGUCCCUGAAACCAAAGGGCGAGAGAUUGAUGAGAUGGAUCCUAAGUAUGUAGAAUCAUUGUGUAUAAAUCGA